AUGGGGCGUCACCGUUACAGGCGGCGCCCUCCGACCCCAUCGGACUCCUCCUCCUCGUCGACGUCGGAGCUCGACGACAUGCUGCCGGUGGGCGCGGAGGUGGAGGUGCGCAGUGAGGACCCGGGCUUCGCCGGCUCCUUCUACGAGGCCACCGUCGCGGGCCACCUCCCCUCCUCCUCCUCCUCCUCCGACGGCGGCAGCCGCAAAUGCUACGCGGUCGUCUACUCCACGCUGGAGGGCGACGACGGGCGGCCGCUCGAGGAGGCCGCGGCGGCCGCCUGCGUGCGCCCGCGCCCCCCGCGCGCGGCGCCGAGGCGGUUCGCGGUGCACGAUAUGGUGGAGGCGCUGCACAGCGAGGGGUGGUGGGCCGGCGUCGUCUCCGCCGUCGCCCCGGCGCCCGCGGUGGCCGGAGGGGAUCUGCGGCGCCGGCUGAGGCGGGUGUACCAGGUCGCCUUCCCCACCUCGCGGGAGACGCUCGAGUUCCAGGAGGCGGACCUCCGGCCGCACCGCGAGUUCAUCGCCGGCCGCUGGGUCCCCGCUGCCAAGGCGGACAAUGCAUCUCCUCAUUUCAGCGAGGGAGACCAGGUUGAAGUGAGUCAGUCUGGAACGAACUUCGGCGAAUCCUGGAAUCCAGCCGCUGUUCUUAAAGUGAUUGGUGCUACAAAUUUCUUAGUAAAGUACAUGCAUAAUGGGAAAGACGGGAAAUCGGCUACUGAGAUUCUGGAUUUUCAGUAUAUUCGGCCAGCACGUGCCAUCACCCGUAUUGACUCAAAGUACAGAUUUUCUCCUUCUUGUCAUGUUGAGGUCCUUCAUGAAGAUAGCUGGUGGCCUGGUGUUAUCCUGAAUGUCUUAGGCACCAGAACCGACAAGAAGUAUGUGGUAAUGUUGGAUUGUCACAAGACAGAUCUGGAUGACAUCGACCAUAUGGAUAUGCUGAGGGUUGAAAUUACGCAGCUCAGGCCACUGUGUGACUGGGACGGUGAAAAAUGGGUACCCUGCUUGAAGAAGGAAUCUGCUAACGGACCUGAAUCAACUUCUCCAAAAAGGCCGGCUGCCUUGUAUAAUGACUCUGAUAAAAUUAGUGAUGAACCUGGUUCUCAUCGUGACAAAAAGAAGUUGAAGAAUGCAGAUGUGGUGCCAGAACAAAUUUCUCCUCCAUCUGUUGGUAAAGAAAACAUUGAAAUUACUCGUAAGCAGGGAAAUGCAGUAUUGGCACCAAGAUCUGAGUUGUCACCUCCUUCGCUGCCACCAAUGGCAUCAUUUGGCCGUCUGAGUUCUUCAUCUUCACCUGCUACAAGCUGUCAUCUUGCACAAUCAUCUUCUCACAUUCAGGCUUCGUUGUUUGGAGCGUUUGGACAAUCAAGGCCUAUUCCACAGGGCCUGCCAUUAGGAACGCAAUCGCUUAUUAGCUCAUGUUUUACCGGUAUUAAAGGGUCAAAAAAAGUAUUAAGCGAUCAGGAUAAGCAGUCAACUGCUGGAACUGGGACUGUACUGUUCAGACAAAUGAAGCCAAUGGAAAGGAUAGAUGCUAAAGCCAUUGAAGAAGGCAGCAACGUUGUCUCUGUUUCUGAAGACCGUUCACAAUCACACCAAGGUAAUGGAACGCAUGAUUCUUGCUGUCCCUUGCCUGCGGAAUCUGUGGCUGUGCAUGAGAGUAUCAUGCACACGAGUGGCCAGCUUUCAGAAUCCUCAGCAAUCCAGCAGCUUCCAAUUGUGAAGACCUCCCCAUUGUGGGCACAGCUUGAGGCACUGGAAAUAUUCAGGACAACGCCACAGCGGCCAAAUCUCCAUCAGUUUCAGCAGCACGUUCCGGAGCUCCAUGAAGGACUGGCACUAGGUCUGAUGAUCUCUUUUGCUAGUCUGGCAGAAAGCAUAAACAGGCUGGGUGUUGAGGACGACAACGAGCUGCUCGAGCGGAAGAUGAAUUGCCUGGCUUAUCUCGAGGCAAGUGGUUUCGACGUCGGGGACCUGAGAUCGCGCGUGGAAGCUUUACUUCACAUGAAGAAUAGCCGUACCGAAGUACCGGACGCUUUGAAAAAGCUGGAGGAGGAGAUUGCUCGCGAAGAAGCCGACGACCAAGAACUGGGCACGCAACUUCGCGCCCUGGCUAUGGCUGUCCGUCACCUUGAACUAGAUGCCUAUCUUGUGCGCAACGUAAUAAGGUCUACCGUCGCACGGAGGAUGAACAAUGCCAUGGAGAUCUCGAGGCUCAAGGCGGAAGCGAACAAUCUGUCCUCCGCCGUGCCGCGGUGAGUUUGGUGGGUGGGAGCACGUCGUCAUUAUGCCUGUGAAUAAGUAGUUAGUAGUUACCAAUAGUGAGUGAUGGAGAACGCCCAGCUAGAUGCAGUGUAGAUAGCGAGUAUUUUGUGUCGUGGAGUUGGCCGUAGUACUGGUGAGCCUUUUGCGUGUGUUGAGAGAUCAUGUUGCCGCGCCGCGGUGACUUUGAUUGGAGAAUGUCAGCACACCUGUGAAUAGUUAGCUGCCAAUGGUAAGUGGCGGGGAACCCCCAGCUAGAUUGAUGUCGUGUAGAUAGUUCGUAGCGCUGUCCUGGAGUUGGCCGUACCACUGGUGGGUCUUUUGUGUGUGGGCUGUGUAUGUUGCUACCCUGGUAUGUUGUUACU